GUGAACCGUUAGCGACGCUUCUUCGCUGUCUUUUCAUGCUGUUUUGUCAACACCGUCCUCUCUUUUGCUAGUGCUUUUGUCGAUAUUAAUCACAUCAGACCGCGGGUGAUGAAAGCUGAUGUUUAUAAUUUAGCUUAAACUCUCCGUGGUGAAAAAAACCCCGGCUAAAUUAGGAGAUCUAAUAAGCUAACGGCGCCCCGGAGCGCAGCUACCAGUCAUCGGGUCUGUAAGGUUAGCGACACCGCUGAAUGAAUGUUAACGGCUGUUUUCCACUGACCAGUAAAGAGCCGGCAGAGAGAGGAACAGUGGAGAAGGCGAGCACGAGCGGAGAGGAUAAUUGCGUUUCUGGCUGCCCUGUGGGAACAUGGGAUAUAUGACCUCAUCAUUCACCUGUGAGGCUCUCCAGUAAACAACUCCAGAUAGAAGGAUGACUGAAGCAGCUGUAGAAAGUGCAGAUGUCCUCCUAAAACCUUGUCAGGGGACAUCAUGUGAGGUCAUUAGCUGUCCCUCCCCUCCGACAUGUCUGUCCCUCUGCAAUCAGAAGGAGGACGAGGAGAGUCACCAUGACAGUAAGAAGGAGGAGCAGCAGAAACUCUGUAACCAGGUGCAACCAAAGAAAAAAGUUAAGGCCAAAGGAAAGUUAGAGCGGAGUAUGGCUAUCUGCGAGGAGUCCUUACCAUUUGAAGACACCCAGGCAUCUUCAGACGCAAACAUCCCCUCUAGCUGCCAGGACAAAGAGAUAACUUCCUGUAAGGAGGAAGACCAGGAAAAGAGCACUGACCCAAAGAAACAUUCACUGUACAAAGAGUCCAGCGUGGAGUACACCGACUCCACCGGCAUAGACCUGCACCAGUUUAUUGUCGACACCCUCAACAGCAACCCCAGAGACCGCAUGAUGCUGCUUAAACUGGAGCAGGACAUGGUCGACUUCAUCACCAGCAAUAGCCCUUUUAAGAAGUUCCCACACAUGUCGUCCUACCACCGAAUGCUGGUCCAUCGGGUGGCGGCCUACUUUGGCAUGGAGCACAAUGUAGACCAGACAGGCAAGUCUGUCAUCAUCAACAGGACCAGCAACACACGCAUACCGGAGCAGCGUUUUCUGGACGAGGUGCACAAGGACAAGACAGAAGAGAUCCACCGGUGGAAAAUUAUUUUGAAGAGAGACAACAGCUCGGAUGACCAGACACGACUUCACCCUUUACGGGAGAAGCAAAGCAAGUCAAUGGAGGAGAGAGAGGAGGAGUACCAACGGGCACGAGACCGAAUCUUCAACCAAGAGCCACUCUACACCCAAGAGAGUGCCCAUGCAGAAACCAGGGAUGUGGAUGAGUACAAUCCAUAUGCUGAGACCCAGAAGAGAAGACAGCUCUUCAGGGGGAGCCGUGACAGCUCAGGCUCCAGCUGGACAGGCAGCAGCAGGCAGAGUAGCACCGAGACUGACUGUCGCUAUAGCAACGACCCCCGACCUUGGAGCAGCACAGACUCUGAUUCCUCCUACCAGUGGACAAGUUCCGCCCCAAAACCCCGCCAACCUGUCAACCACAGCUGGGACGCACGUGGUUCAGGCUCCAUCUCUCUCUUCAGACUGCCAUCCACUUGUCCCCACCCCUCUACUCCUCCCGUCAUAGAUGAGCCGGCUCCUAACUCUGGCUACGUCAUGGAGAACGGGAUCCCGCCGGGAAGUAUAUUAGUGAACCCACAUACUGGGCAGCCUUUCCUGAACCCUGAUGGAACCCCUGCUGUGUACAACCCUCCGGACAGUCAGCAGCCAAUCAGGCGCCAGACCCAGCUGCAAGGCUCUCCCUCUCAGCACCAACAGCAGCAGGUGGUUCAUCACUCGUCUGUCUCUUACACAGCUCCACAGAUGUUGCCUGUCGUUCCCUCACAGCCAUACAUUGAAGACCUCUCUUCGCAGUUCACUCACAUGAGCUGUCAGUCGACAGGGGAAGCCCCGCCGCUCUACCCUUCCAGUCAGGGUUACAUCUAUGCAGCUCCCCCACCUCCUCCUCCCCCUCCUCCCCCCCCUCUCAACCCCCCCAGCUACUGCCAGCCCUCACCUCAGGUGCCUAUGUAUUACUACAGCCAGUACCCUACCUCAGCUCAACACCCAUGCAGGCCUGUCUCACCUAGCCAGCACAUCCACAGCCAAGCAGCGCAACCAACAGCAGGUUACGCUCCUGCUGUGGGGGUGCAGCAGUCUUCACACGUCCAGGCCCAGGCUGUGCUGGGAACCUACUCACCAAUGGCCUCUCAUCAGCGUAGCAUGGUUCAGGGAGGUGUUUCAGUGUCAUAUCCUCAAAGUAAAGUUGUGACCGCGGUUGGCGGGGAGGCGGGUUACUGCUGCAUGGUGCCCCCACCUUCCCACCAUGGCAGCUGCCAUCCUCCCAGCUGCACCAACCUCAGCGCCCCAGCCUGGAGCGCACAGUACUGAUGAAGCCUCGACGGAUUAAGUGAUGAUACUGUAGUUCCUGUGUGAACACUCAUAACACACAAACUUUUUUUCACACUCCCUCAACCCCUUCACCUACACCCACCUUCUUCCCGGCGAUGCCCGCGCACACAAGCAUGUGCACACGCACACAACAUACACCCACUCACAUACAUUAAUGUACCACUGUACCAAAGCUUAAUAGUAUAUAUCAGAGCUGCUGUAUUGAAUGCAUAAUUUAUAUACACAAAUGGAGUUUUAUAUUGAUAUUAAAUUAUAUAUUGUGUUUUAUGGAAAUGCACUGUGUGAAUAGAAUAAAGUGCUGUGGCUGGAUUGACAAUGUCACAUUUCUAUAUUA